AUCAACAAAGGCACAGUUGAGAUCAUCACCCCUGUGGAAAUUAUUAAGAAAGGCGAAAAAGUGGGCUCAUCUGAGUCUGCCCUUCUUUCGAAGUUGUUCAUUAAGCCAUUCUCUAAUGGUCUGAUAGUCCAGUCUGUCUAUGACAAUGAUUCAGUUUUCAGUCCUGAGGUUCUUGAACUCACAGAUGAUGAUCUUGCAAUGAAGUUUGCUGCUGGACUAACAAAUGUUGUUGGUCUCUCCAUGAUUCUUGAUUAUCCUACUCUUACGGCUAUUCCACACAUGUUCAUCAACUCGUACAAGAAUGUUCUGUCAUUUGCUGUAGCAACAGAAUACUCAUUCCCACAGGCUGAAAAAGUGAAACAGUACUUGAAGGACCCUAGCAAGUUUGCUGCUCCUGCUGCUAGUGCUAAAGCAGCUCCUGCCAAGGAGGAAAAGAAAGAAGAACCUGAGGAGGAGGAUGACGACCUUGUUGGUGGAUUGUUUGAUUGAGUUAUUUUAAUCUAGCAAUAUCUGCCAGGUCCUAAGAUUGGUAUUAGUGAUGAUGAAUGCUAUUUUGGGUGUCUAGUAGGAUACUUUUAAGCAAUUUCCAUUUGGUUUGUAUAAGAUGUUUUAUGCGCUAAACUAAGUUCCUUUCUUUGAAGUGGAGUUUUAACUUUGGGUUUUGAGCUAUCUUUGGGCAUUUUGCUCCUCUCAUUGGCUGAGUGUUGCAUUUGGUUAUCUAUAUGCUUAAUUGCCUAACUUUUAAAUUUGAGAAUCAGUGGGCAGUAUAGCUUUUAGGUUUAUAGGAAUCAUAGCGAGAAUUCAGUUGCUGUGAUUUGCGAUGAUACUCGAACAAUUAGACCACCCGGAGAAAUAAAUCCAUUUAAAAAUUAAUUUUCAAUCAUAAUCAGAAAAGAGAUCAGCUGAUUUUGCUUCACUUGCAUUUUCAAAGUGCAGAGUUUCCCUAGUAAAGAUAUUAAGUUAUGCUAGAGUUCAAAUAUGUAACGUCUUAAGCUAGAACCUAUCUAUGGUUGCUUUAUACUCCUUGCUUGGGUUGUGGGAACGAAUGCACCACUCACUUUGGUGGACAUAACUUUUUUAGUGCGAUGCCUAGAUACUCAUUUGGUUGGAGAACAAGUUAUCCCGGGAUUGGAGCUUAAGGCUCAUCAAUACUC